AUGGAUAUUCGUAUUUUACUUGUAUUGGAAUUAGGUACCUUUAUUCGAGGAUUAGAAACAACCGCUACAUAUGACCCGAAAACUAGAGAAUUUAUCUUAAAUACUCCUACUUUAACGGCUACAAAAUGGUGGCCUGGUGGAUUGGCUAAAACUGCCACUCAUGCUGCUGUGAUGGCUCAAUUGUGGACUCAGAAUAAGUGUUAUGGCCCACACUUAUUCAUUCUCCAGGUUCGUAGUCUAGAAGAUCAUACUCCUCUACCUGGAAUUACCCUAGGAGACAUUGGCGAUAAAUUUGGGUAUAACAGCAUUGAUAAUGGCUCUAUGCAAUUGAAUAAUGUAAGAAUACCUCGCGAUCAAAUGUUGAUGAGGCAUUCAAAGGUUACACUUGACGGAACCUAUAUCCCUCCUAAAAAUCCCAGACUAGCUUACGGAGCUAUGACUUUAUAUAGAUGUCAAAUAUUGAUCAUAUGUUCUGGCUAUUUAGCACGAGCAUCUACGAUUGCCGUUCGCUACAGUGCAAUACGCCGUCAGACUGAAACAAAACCUGGGUGCCGUACUUAUUUUCAUACUCUUUUAUGA